AUGUACAAAUACACUGAUGCUCUACAGAUCACCAUGGUUAUAUUCACCAUACUUCUUGUUGGUGCAAUCUUUGGCUUUAUCAAGUUCUUCAGAGAGGAUGAAAUGAAAAGAGUUAGAAGAUUAUUAUGGAUGAUCCCUAUCGCAACAACAAUGUUCUACGAAAUCUCAAGAAGCCCAUUCAAUAAGGAUACAUGGAUGGUUUUCCUUCAUGGUAUAAUUAUUGAAGCUAUUUUACACAUAAUUGCUUAUGCAUAUGCAGCUAUUUAUCAUCCAAAGCAAACAAUCAUGGAAAAAUUCAUACCAACAGUUAUUACACUUACUGAAUCAGACUUCUUCUGGUAUGGUUUCCCAUUCGCACAAGUACUUUUCGAUGAUUCAUACAUUUGCUAUUCUGUUAUUGUUACAUUCGUUCAAACAUUAUGCGUUCACUCAAUCCAUAUGAUUCUUGUCCUUAGAUUCAUCCCAGAUGCCGUUGAGAAGUUUAAGGCCGCAAAUGAUCCAACACCAGAAGAGGAAGUUCCUCUUGGACCAAAGCAACAUACAGAUAAGGAAGAUGAUGGAAAUGAAGAUAACAUGGAACUUCAUGAUAUCAAACAGAAUGAAGAAAACGAAAAUCAAACUGACGAACAGUCGAAUGUUUCAGAAAAGAAGUCAGAAGAACCAUCCAAGAAAGAAGAAGCUGAAGCCAAGAAGGAUGAUGAAGAGAAAUCUCAGAAAGAAGAAGAAAAAUCCAAAGAUGAAAAUAAGAAUUCUGAAGAAAGCCAAGGAGAAAACAAGGAUGAUAAGGAACAGAGUUCAAGCACUCCAGAAAUCAAUGUUGAACAUGGAAAAGAUGACCAUCCAGCAGAUGUUCCACAGGAAGAAGAAAAACCAGUCAAUAAAUGGUACUACAGACAAUGGCUUAUCGAAAUGUACGCAUUCGUUAACCAACAUAACUUGUGUGCAAUUGCUGGUCUUUUCUGGAGCCUUGGUGUAAGCUUUACACAUGUUAAAAUGCCAAGCUUCCUCAUCAUGUUCACUUAUGAUCUUGAAAAAGCAAGUGUUUGCGCAGGUUUGUUCUCAGCAGGUAUUUUCAUCGCAUUCCAUCCAUUCAAGGGUGCUCCAGUUGUUGAUGUUAUUGCUGCUUGUGUAAAUCACUUCAUCAUCAAGCCACUUCUUGCUAUUGCUUUUGGCUAUGCACUUGGACUUCCUCAUUCUAUUGCCAAAUUCCUUGUAUUUGUUUACAUCGCUCCAGUAGGAAGCUAUGGCUACAUGCUUUCUGAUCAGGCUGGAUGGAAGACAUCAAUGGUCACAUACUCAAUGUAUUGGACAAUGAUUUGUGUUCUUCCUGUUUAUCUCAUUUGGGCUGCAAUCAUUAAUGCAACUCAUAUGUUCGAAUAA